UCAACCCUAAGCAUCCUCUUCAUUCUUUUAAUAGAUACAAGAGACAACAAUUUUUCUUAUUCGAAUCUUGCUUUCCUUCUAAGGUCUCUCAACAUGUCUGGAGCUAUAACAUGCUCCGCAGCCGAACUCUCCGCUCUGCUCGGCCCCAACGCCACGGCCGCGGCUAACUACAUCUGCGGCCAACUAGGCACCGUCAACAACAAGUUCACCGAUGCAGCCUACGCUAUAGACAACACCUACCUCCUUUUCUCAGCUUAUCUCGUCUUCGCCAUGCAGCUCGGCUUCGCUAUGCUAUGUGCUGGCUCCGUUAGAGCCAAGAAUACAAUGAACAUCAUGCUCACCAAUGUCCUUGACGCUGCAGCCGGAGGAAUCUCUUACUAUCUCUUUGGUUACGCCUUUGCUUUUGGCGAGUCCUCCGGUGGAUUCAUUGGAAUACACAACUCUGCCACGCUCGCACACCGGAGACGACUCCGGAUCCACACUUUACCGGUGAAAACGGAAGGCGCACGUAGCUCGACACCGAGUAAAUGA